AUGUCUACCAAGUCCAUCCUCGCCUCCCUUCUCGCCGUCGCUCCUCUGGCUCUCGCCCAGGAUGCAUCAUGCGAUUGUUACAUGACUGAGGGUCAAUACUACAAAGACCACUCCUUCUUCGACUUCCGCUCCCUCUCCCAAUACGCCGGUGUCCCAGCCCUGAUCGACAGCCUCCAAGGCAACGCCGACGCCGGCUUUUCGUCAGACUACUUCAACUGGGAGUCCGAGUUCUCCAAGACAUGGGGCGCCCAGAAGUGGAACAACGGCAACAAGGACUUUCCUAUGCAAAACACCCUCAACAAUUUGUACAUUGAGGAGAAUAAUGAUGCGAGCCCUGGUAGUGAUACUUGGUUGACUAUGCGAACUGCGAGACACAAUGGUUUCCAGACUGCUUCCGAGUUUGAGAGCAUGGUUAAGCAUCAGUUUGUUUCUAUGCGCAUGUACGCUCGUACAAAGGGUUCGCCGGGUGCUUGCACAGCAAUGUUCACCUACCGCGCCGGCGAAGACUUAGCCUCUGUUCAAGAAGCCGACAUCGAAGUCCUAACCAAGGAUCCCGGCAAUGUAAUCCACUACACCAACCAGCCCUCCUACACCGAAGCCGGCGGCGAGGUCGAAGGCGCUCAUCUCGGUGCUGCUCUGCCUGACGGUUUGACCUGGUCUGACUGGGCCAAGCACACACUCGACUGGACACCCGAUGCCACAAUCUGGCGCGUCAACGACAAGGAGCUCUGGCGCAACAGCUUCCAGGUUCCCAAGGACCCUGCGACGUUGACGUUCAAUGCUUGGAGUAAUGGCGAUACUUGGACUGGUACUAUUCCUGAGGGCGGUGUUGCGUACCAGCAGAUUCAGUGGAUUGAGCUUUUGAGUGGACGGGUUGAUGGAGCUACUUGCAACAAGGUCUGCAGUGUCGAUGGUGGUGAGCCUGGUAAGGCUAAGCAGGUUUAG